AUGAAAACUAAAUGUUCCUCUGCAAGACAUUAUACUGACAAUGACAACAAGGAAUUUUGUAACCUCAUGUCACAGGAAUAAAUUGAUGAACGCUUUGCAAUUAUCUAAAAAUAAAACUCCUUUCGAUAAGUAAGGAGAAGAAACACAGCCACUGCCAGGUAAAACAAAGUUGAAGAUUUAUGCAUUUUAUUUGAGAAACUUAUAAAAAAGUCAACUAAACCAAAACCUUUAAAAUAGAAAUAUCAGGCUAUCUGUUAGGAGUCAGGAAUUGAUUUUAAUGAGCUAAGAAAUAUUACAAGAAUGGAUGAUAAAUAAGACUAUAUUAUCAGGUGUUGUGUUAAUUAGAUUUCUUCAUAAUUUGACAGUAUUUCUUGAUUUUAAAUAGACAUUCUCUCCAAAUAUAACAUAAAUUCACAUACUGAAAGGCAUCCAAAGAAAAAUGAUGAUCAAUUAGAUUUGUAUGGGUGGUUGUAAGUUAAAUCUCAAUAUAAAUCCAUUUUGAAAAGAUUGAAAUUUGCAUUAGUGGAUUUGAUUUAAACAUCAAACAAUUUUAAAAAAGUUAAUAACUUUCUAUCGUCGAAAUCUAAAGUUACUUCCCAAUAGGUAAGUUUCAUCCAUACUACUAAUAAUAUGGACAGCAAAGAACAAUCUACUCAAUACACCUCUAGAAUCUAAGUAAAUGCUGAUAAAAAACUCAUUCUGAAUGUUCCUGAGCUGUAAUACUCUCCCCCUGAAUUGUUUUUUGAAUGGAAUAAAGCCAUAGAGGAUGGCUACAUAACUACAGGUAAAAAUAUGCAUUUAAUGGGCUAUGAAACCAUAAAGAAAUAAUUAGCAAAUGGAAUUCACUCCAAGAAACGAGACAAAAUAUUAAAUAAAUGUGAAUAAACUGGUAAUUACAUCACAGAAUAAGAACUUUAAUACAUAGCCUCAACUAGUUUCUUGAUUAAUAAAUGUAUAGAUAGAGAAUUCAUUUAAAGAGCCAUCAAUUGCUUAGAAGAUAAUGUAUAAUUAAUUUUAAUUAGGUCAAACAUUAAAUUGAAUUGAAUAUCUCUGAAUAAAUACUCUAAAACUUUUACUUCAUCAAAGAAAAUCAAGUAAAAAUCAGAAACAAAUAUUUUGAAGAAUUGAAUAAGAAAAAAAGACAACAAAUAAGUAAAAUAUCACAUCUAUUAUUGUAGCUGAGAACACAAAAAACUAUCAGAGACAAUAACAUUUCUCAAAGGAUUCUCUUUAAAUUAGAGUAAUUAAAGGAAAAUUUGUCUAAUAUUUGAAGGAGGCUCAAAAAAGGAAGUUUUUAAAGGAGGCUUUUGACCAUAAAAAGUAGAGUGCUUUGAGAAGGCUGAAGAAUUCAGGAAAUCCAUUGGCUAAUAUUUAUGUUUAGAAAUUCAAGGAGAUAAUGUUGGGAAUUGUUAGAAAAUAUCGAGAAGUAUAUAUAAUCAAUAAUCAAGAGAAAAGGAACUGAAAAAAUAAAACAAUAAAACUUUUUAGAAAGAAACACUUCAAAAUAAACGUUUAAGCCAUUAUUUAUAAAAGGCCAAGAUGAAUUGUAAUUAGAGUAAGUUAAACAUAUAUUUCAUCCCCCCUCAAAACUACUUGCACUGGACCCUGAGGAAAAGUUCCAAUAACAUCAAAAAGAGAAAAUAAUAAAGUGGAGUAAAAGUUAUAGAUUAGGAAUAAGAAAUUAUAAUAUUAGUUAGAAUGAAUUUAUGAAGUUUUAUAGUGGAGGACCGUAAACUUGCAGAUAAUUUUAGAGUUAAAAAUUGAAAGGAUUAAACGAUCAUUAAGAGCCAGAAUUACCUAGUUAAUAACAAUGGAUUACAGAUGAUAUUGAAGUGUAAGCAGCUAAUAAAAUAAAGAUGGCAAUUAAGCGAUUUUUGUAUAAAAAGAAGUUCUUUAAAGUGUUAGAAAAGAAAGAACAAUUAAAAAGCAUAGACAUAGAAUAAAGAAUAUAAAAGUGUAUGAAGGCAAAAAGAUUUUUUGAAGAAUUGCAUAAAGAAUUGAACAAUCAAUAAAAUGAAAGAUUAAAGGAUAUCACUUAACAUUCUCCUCCUAAAUUACCAAUGGAAAAAGUUGUAUUUAUUCCUGGGUCUGCACCUACAUCUCCAUAAAUAAAUCGAUUGAGCAAACAUAAAACUACUGAGAUCUCAUUAGUUAGUAGUCGUAUCAUUAAAUAGGUAUAUAGGUGUAUUAUUGUAGUGUGAUAUGUAAAAAAGAGAAACCAAUGAAAAAUAAAGAUAAAAAUUACUCAAUAAAUUUGUUAGAACUAGACUGGAUGGGGAGGCCAAGAUAAAAAAUAGAAAGUUGAUAUAAGCAGCAAAAAUGAAGAAUAGUGCUAUUGCAGAAGCAGCUGGGUUCCAUUAUAGUAAAUCCGAUACAGAACUUUAUGAUUAAAAUGGAAACACUCCUUUAUAUUAUAGUGCCAAAUAUGGAGAUGAAUCAAUGACGAAAUUCUUAUUGAAAAUAGGAGCAGAUGUCAAUUAGAUUUGUUCUAAUGGAAAUACUCCUGUUCACAUGGCUUUCCUAUCUGGAAAUUAAUAAAUAAUAAUUGAAUUCAUCAACAGAAAUGGUAAUCUUAAUAUACUAAACAAUGACAAUUAUACUCCUCUAGCCUUUGGAACUCAGGAACUACUUCAAUCUCUAAAUUUGAUUCAUUGCGUUGCCACAGUAUGAUACCAUAAUAAUUAGGUUAAAUAAGAUAACACAAAAAGAAUUGAUAAUCAGCACUUGAUCCAUAGAAAGAUAAAGUCUGAAACCUAUGAACUUAACGAUGAAUUAGUAGCAGAAAUAAAAAAGAGAGGAUGAC